AUGAAACACGUCUAUAAACCAGCAGAGUCUUUUGCAUUGGUUCUCAUGAUCUUCAAAAUAUUUGGCCUCUGGCCUUCGGCAGUGAAAAAUUCAUUUUUAAGUUUUGUUCAUAGAAUCUGCGGCUAUGGUUUCCAAUUAUUUUUCGUCAUAGCAACUUUGAUACCACAAAUAAUCAAUAUCUAUCUCACACGAGGAAGCUUGGAAAAAUUAAUUGACGGUUCCUUUCUUACUUUGUCAUGUAUUAUUUGCGCCACAAAACUCGGAAUAUUUUGUCGUCGUCUAAAAGAUAUCGAGAAAUUUUUUGAAAGAUUGCAUCAACCGAUUUUUGCUCCGAAGCGAAAGGAACAACUACUGGUGUUGAAAAACUGUACUUCUAUUGGCAAUGCAUAUGCGCUUUUAUUUUUUAUUCUUCCCCAACUUACGUUUUUCUCUUGGAUCUUGAUUCCCUUGAUUGAUAAUAAAAGCGGAAAUAAAUUAGUCUUUGCAUCCUGGUAUCCUUUCGAUACUAUAAAAAGUCCAAAUUAUGAAAUUAUGUAUGCUUUCCAAGUAAUAUUAUUACUGAAUGCUGCUAUUAUGCAUCCUAUGAUGAAUUUACUGAUUUUGAAUUUUUAUCUUACAAUGGUGGGGCAGUUGGAAAUACUUAAACAGGAUUUUUUAUUGUUAGCCAAUUUUUCUGAUGAAGAAGAAGACUUCGAGUUGGAAUUCCAGGAUGGUAUCUCUCACAAACAAAAGAGUAUAAAAGAGUUUUUUCGGGAAGGAUUUGAGAAAUGUACCAAACAUUACGAAGCCAUACGCUCAUUUAUCAAUGACAUAACGGAAGUGUUUCAAAUGGGUAUUCUGUUUCAUAUGGGUGCAAGUUGUUUCAUCAUUUGUUUAACAUGUCUCAAAUUAACAAUGUCCUCUCCAAAAACAUUCCAAUUCUAUGUGGUAAUCCAAUACCAACUUUGCAUGCUAGUGGAAAUAUUUAGCUACACUUGGCGAGGAAACGAAAUUAUGGUGAAGUCGGCUGAAUUAAAGGAUGCCAUUUACGAGUGUGAUUGGACAUCAAUAAACGAUAAAGAAUUCCGAAAAUCCUUAUGCUUUAUAAUGUCAAGGGUGCAGAUUCCCAUAAAGCUACGCGUUGGAAAAUUCUUUCCAUUAACCGCCAGCUAUUUUAUCACAAUUCUAACCUCCGCAUAUUCAUUCUAUGUUUUGCUAAAACAACUCCAAAGUAAGAAAGUGAAAGGACCCUUUUGA